CUUCUUGGGACUGCUGCAUUCAAGCUUUUCUACUAAAGAAAGGGAACGCAGCAGGAGAAAAAUAUAUAGAUAUUACACUUAGAUCUUCAUUCAAGCAAUGAGUUGAUUGAUUACCUUUGGGGCAUCUUACGUUAAUAGGAGACUUGAGUAGCUGUCUUUACGUCUCCCUUCCUCUCUCUCUCUCUCUAUCUAUCUAUCUAUCUAUCUAUCUAUCUAUCUAUCUAUCUAUAUAUCUAUAAAUACACUUCUGUUGUUCAUAGGUUGGUGUUGAGUGGUGAAGUACUGAUGGGAAGCAGGAACUAUACACAGCAGCUGGGAUUAGGAAGUGGGAGAUCUGCUGGGUCCUCGAGGAGGGGAAAGAAGAACAAUAUGGAGAAGCCAAAACAGCCUCAAAGAGGCCUUGGUGUGGCUCAGUUGGAGAAGAUCAUAUUACAGAAUCAAAUGAUGGGAAGCUACCCUUCUCCAUUGGACUGUGAUCUCGAAAAGGUCGACAAUGGUCAAGUGCAAAUGGGAUGUCCACCAUCUCCCUCUUCGUCAUCGGUUGCCACCCCAUCAUCUUCACUGUUCGAUCUUCGCCCCAAUUCAGUGAUCUUAUGGGAAGAUCGAAUGGAUCGGUUUGUUCUCUUUCAGAUCGGCUUUGGAGACACCGCAGUGACGGACACCAGAUAUAGUGCGUAUCAUUCUUUCUUUCAUCGAGCAGUGAGACCGACUACAACACUGCCUCUCUUGGAGCCAAGCAUGGAGACCAGCAGUCAUCACGAUAAGCAAUGCAACUCCAUUGGUUCAAUCAGUCAGAACUCAUGCGAUUCCCAAGAACUCGAUUUAGAGCUUAAAUUAUGACUGUCGGUGAUUCAAGUGGUGCAAUGUUUGCAAUAGAUUGAUCGAUAGAUUGAUACAGGUGGUGGUUUAUGGGAUCGAUGCCCAAACUGUGUCAUUUCAGGUGAGGAAUACAUGUCAUUGUAAAUCUCAAGUAAUUAAAGAUAUUAAAGCGGUUGGGUCUUCAUGGAAAUGUUAUCUAGAAGAAAUGUAGUGUUUUGAAGAAAAUAUUUCGGAAAAAAUAGAUGAAUACAUUCGAGUAUAAAAUAGUUAUAUACAGCUCACAAAAUGGUGUAGUUCUCUUCCUGUCCUAUCCAAUUCCUGAAGUCUGUUUUGGAACCCUAAUUCUCAGUGUUGCAUGACUGCUGAACAAAUCAAACAAAUGUGUUGUUCACUAUAUAUUUGGAUGACAAUAAUAUUUUCAUUUCGAAGCUUUA